CAUAUUUGCCUAUCAAGUGUCCUGAAGGAUGGAUAUCAUAUGCAGGUCACUGUUAUAGCAUUUUCAGAGAAACUGUCUUGUGGAAUGAUGCUUUAAUGUUCUGCCGAAAAGAAGGUGGAGAUCUGGCGAGUGUCCACAAUGUUGAAGAAUACAGCUUUAUAAUUUCUCAGCUUGGGUACAGACCAACAGAUGAAUUGUGGAUUGGACUCAAUGACCUCAAAAUCCAACUGUUCUUUGAAUGGUCAGAUGGGACCCCUGUGACAUACACCAAAUGGCUACGUGGGGAGCCAACACAUACGACCUACAGACAAGAAGACUGCGUUGUUAUGAAAGGAAAGGAUGGCUAUUGGGCUGAUCAACCAUGUGAUACACCACUUGGAUACAUUUGCAAAAGGAAACCACUGAAAGAAGCUCCAGACGUAGAGGAGAAAAUUGAAGAAGGCUGUCGGAGCGCUCCUAGUGAAAUGAAGAAAGAGAUGAGGAAUGGAGUUUCGUUGGUGUCAUCAGAGAAGUCUGCAGCUACCAGGAGCAGGCCUCAUCUGGAAGGGGCGUGA